AUGAUUUGGCUUUUAGCGGCGAUCUGCGCCCUGGCGGUGGUUGACGUCCCCGGGGACGGCAACUGCCUCUUCCACGCCCUCGCGACGCAGGACGAAGAGGGCUGCUGCGGGGAGGAGCUGCGAGCAGAGUUGGCGGACUUUCUCGAGAGCGAGGCCUUCGGCCAGCACGGCUUCGAAGAAGUUUGGCUAGAGGAGGCCGAGCACCUGCGAGGGCCUGCGGCGGAGUGCUGGGGCGGAGCCGUGGCCAUCUCGGCUUAUUCCUUGCUUCGACAGCGGCGGGUCUUUGCCCACGUCAAGGUCGCGGGCUCCGACGUCGUGAAGGUCCAGGACAGCUCCCACGCUCUCGUCGACGCCGACGCGCCGGUCGCCCACCUUCUCUACAACGGAGUAGACCACUACAGCGCCUUGAUCGAGGCCGAGCUCUCCAACGCGAUAGCCCCGGGCUGGCCGCAGCCGCCGCCGCCGCGCUACUUUGCCCCGGCGAUCGCACAAGCUGCCCGCGGCCUGAGCGGGCCGACUUGGGAACUCCUGGCCGCGAAGUCGACCCCUUGCCCUCGCCCGCUCCGGCAAAGUCCCGGCGCCGCCUCAACGCCGGCGCCGGAGCUGCAGGACGAUGCGAUGGAGGAAGUCAGCAAAGCCUUCGUGAUCCCCGCGGCCCAGACUUCCCACCCCUUCCGCCCCCUAGAGGACGCGCUGAAGCUCCGGUUCCAGCCGACGCUCCCGCCGGCCCCGUGCGGAGCACGCAGAACACCUGGAGUCCGCCGCCGCUUGCUUUCCUGGGCCGACGCGCUGCUGAGCGUUUACAACGAGGCCGUCGCCCGCUGGCGGGGUGCUCCUUGGACCGCGCUGCGCUCCUUCGCCGAGGCGACUGCGGAGGACAGCGCGGGGGCUCUGGUUUGCUUCUGCUGCGCCUGCGUCCACACCCGCGCGGCGGAGCUUGAGGGGCAGAGCGAGAUCCAAUGGCGGCGGCCACUGAGUCGCAAGCCGACGGGGGAGCACCUCUUCUUUGGGAAGCGGCGCGAGCUCUCAGCCUGGAGACACGUUGAGGAAGGCGUCCUCUGCGAGCACUGCGAGCUGCCAGUUUGCGGCGGCUGCCUCGACCACCUUGCCCGCGCGCAGUUGCUGGCAAACGACAUGUGGACUGGCUACGCCCCGGAGCGGAUCUACGCGGAGGAGGCGACUGCGAUGGAGCUGAUCUGCGCCUCGCCCUGCGUCACGACGCUGAUUUGCAUGUCUAUGGAGGCACGGUUCCGCAGCGAGGCUUGCGCCCUAGACGAGAGGGAGUUCGCCUUAGAGCCGCGCCCUCCUGCCGACGGGGUUCCGCCCGAGGUGUUGAAAGUCGUGGUCCAGGCUGCGCUGGACAAGUUAGAGGUCAGGGCCGGCAACCAGCUUCUGGACCAGUUCCAGCCCCUCUACUUCGCCGUCGCCUUUUGCUUCUGCUUUCCUUGCGGGACUGCCUGCCCGGACGUCCGAAACACCGUGGCCCAAGAAGACGACGACAGCCGCCGGAGCAGGAGCCAGAGCGGCGCGCCCGAGGUGAACAUUCACGCCUGGGCCGCCGCCACGCAGCGGCGCGUGGAGGCGCAGUUCCGGCGCGACUGGACCUUCGGGUUUGCGGUCUGGAACUACUUGUUCCGGACCGCGGUCAACUUGCAGAAGAACGCUUACAUGUUCUCCGCGCCCAGCGCCGACGGCGGCAGCUACCAGUCCUUGAAGCCCGAGGACAUCGUCGCGGGCGUCCGGGAGAUCACGUCCCGCCUGCGGGCAACCUACACGGACAUCAACGGCGAGGAGAAGCCCGUCCAAGGGGACUUGACCAAGCUGCGCUUUGCAAACCUGAAGCCCGCCACCCGCAAGAUCCUGGCGAACGUCGAGGCCCGGGCCAAGAACAUCCCCGGGACCCACGAGGUGCGCAAGACCAUGCGCCUCCAGACCCACGCUUAUCGCGUCUGUUUGGGGACCUCGAUCUUCUUGACUUUCUCGCCUUCGGAGCGAGACACCGCCCUGAUGCUGCGCCUGGCGCGUGUGCGAGAAGAGGAUCCGGCGCUACUGCGGGAUGGCGCGAAGAAGUUCCAGGCCCGCGGCGCGCCGGCGCUGGACGAAGAGUUCUGCCGGCUGAGCCCCGAGGCCUUGGCGGAGAACCUGCCGAACUACGAGGACAGGCGCGCGCUGCUGGCCAGGGACCCGCUGGCUUGUGCGGAGGGCUUCAGGUUCUGCCCGCGCUGCCCGAACUGCGCGACUUCGGGGCAGCCUUGCAGCGAAGCGUUCGGGAGCAACGCCGUGGCCGGCGGCGGCGUGCUGGGCAGAGUUGACGCGGCGUUUGGCUCCAUCGAGUGUCAAAAGAGCGGAGCCCUCCGCGCCCACACGCAAGUGUUCGUCCAGCGCCGCCAUCAGCGCGGGUCGCUGGCCGGCCUCCUUGACUUGGGUAAGCCCGAGCUCCGAACCUUGCUGCAAAGGUAUGCUUCCUACACUGCCCACGUCCGGCGCUCCGUCUACUGCGACCUGCACGGCUGGGAGCGCGAUCGGGCCGCUGCGGAGGAGGAGUGGCCGGAGUACAAGGACUGCGCCUUGAUGUUGAGCCGGCCCGAGGAGUAUACUUGGCGGAGGACGUGGAGCAGCUGCAGCAGCGCAAGCAACAUCAUGCGCAUCUCCCUGCCGGCCCAGGCGGCGAGCGGCGGCCCCUACCAUCACGCUCCAAAGCUGUAUAAAGGACAGCUGCGGCAACAAACGAGAGCUUCGUGUAGUCGGCGAUGUCGUUUGUAG